AUGUCCAAGCCGGUGGACCACGUCAAGCGCCCCAUGAACGCCUUCAUGGUGUGGUCGCGGGCUCAGCGGCGUAAGAUGGCCCAGGAGAACCCUAAGAUGCACAACUCCGAGAUUAGCAAGCGCCUGGGCGCCGAGUGGAAGCUGCUCACCGAGUCGGAGAAGAGGCCGUUUAUCGACGAGGCGAAGCGCCUGCGAGCCAUGCACAUGAAAGAGCAUCCCGACUACAAGUACCGGCCCCGGCGCAAGCCCAAGACGCUGCUCAAGAAGGACAAGUUCGCCUUCCCGGUGCCUUACGGCUUGGGAGGCGUGGCGGACGCCGAGCACCCGGCGCUCAAGGCGGGAGCCGGGCUGCACGCAGGCGCGGGCGGAGGCCUGGUCCCCGAGUCCCUGCUCGCCAACCCAGAGAAGGCGGCUGCCGCGGCCGCCGCCGCCGCCGCGCGCGUCUUCUUCCCGCAGUCGGCGGCCGCCGCCGCCGCCGCCGCUGCCGCCGCCGCUGCGGGCAGCCCCUACUCGCUGCUCGACCUGGGCUCCAAGAUGGCAGAGAUCUCCUCGUCGUCGUCCGGCCUGCCGUACGCGUCGUCGCUCGGGUACCCGACCGCGGGCGCGGGCGCCUUCCACGGGGCGGCGGCGGCGGCUGCAGCGGCCGCGGCGGCCGCCGGGGGGCACACGCACUCGCACCCCAGCCCGGGCAACCCGGGCUAUAUGAUCCCGUGCAACUGCAGCGCGUGGCCCAGCCCCGGGCUGCAGCCGCCGCUUGCCUACAUCCUGCUGCCAGGCAUGGGCAAGCCUCAGCUGGACCCCUACCCCGCGGCGUACGCCGCCGCGCUAUGA